CCCCGGUCAACCAAGAUGUCCAAGUUUGCGACACUCUGCGCCCUCCUCACGGUUCUCCCCGCCGUUUCCUACGCCCAGUCUCCCGUCUGGGGACAGUGCGGUGGUAUUGGCUGGACUGGUGCUACGACCUGCGCAUCUGGCUCGGUUUGCACUGAGCUGAAUGACUACUACUCGCAGUGCAUUCCUGGCUCCAGUGCCCCCGGCACGACGUCCGCGCCCUCCAGCACUGUUUCGUCCACGACAAGACCUACAUCGACCUCGAGCGGCGGCUCUGCUCCUUCGACCACCCCGGCUGCAGGCAACCCAUUCGUUGGCUACACGCCCUACCUGAGCCCCUACUACGCUGCUGAGGUGCAGGCGGCUGCCGCUAACAUCACUGAUGCGACCUUGGCUGCCAAGGCCGCGAGUGUUGCGAACAUCCCGACUUUCACUUGGCUCGACCAGGUUGCGAAGGUCCCCGACCUCGGUACCUACCUCGCAGAUGCGUCAUCGAUCCAGAACAGCACUGGCCAGAAGCAGCUCGUCCAGAUUGUCGUCUAUGACCUCCCCGACCGUGACUGCGCUGCGAAGGCAUCCAAUGGCGAGUUCAGCAUCGCCGACAACGGCGAGCAGAACUACUACGACUACAUCGACCAGAUUGUUGCGCAGAUCAAGCAGUACCCCGACGUGCGCGUCGUCGCGGUCAUCGAGCCCGACUCGCUUGCGAACCUCGUCACGAACCUGAACGUGCAAAAGUGCGCCAACGCCGAGUCCACCUACAAGGCAUGCGUCACCUACGCUCUGCAGCAGCUCUCGUCCGUCGGCGUUUACCAGUACAUGGACGCCGGCCACGCUGGCUGGCUGGGCUGGCCCGCGAACAUCCAGCCCGCGGCGACGCUCUUCACGCAGAUGUACCAGUCCGCCAACAGCUCUCCGUUCGUCCGGGGCCUCGCGACCAACGUUGCCAACUACAACGCGCUCACCGCGGCCUCGCCCGACCCGAUCACCCAGGGCAACCCGAAUUACGACGAGUCGCACUACAUCAACGCGCUCGCGCCGAUGCUCGCGUCCGCCGGCUUCCCCGCGCAGUUCAUCGUCGACCAGGGCCGCGCCGGCCAGCAGAACCUGCGUCAGCAAUGGGGCGACUGGUGCAACAUCAAGGGCGCCGGCUUCGGCACGCGUCCGACGACGGACACCGGCAACUCGUACAUCGACGCGAUCGUCUUCGUCAAGCCCGGAGGCGAGUCAGACGGUACCUCGAACUCCUCGUCGCCGCGCUACGACUCGACGUGCUCGCUCUCCGACGCCACGCAGCCCGCGCCCGAGGCUGGUACCUGGUUCCAGACAUACUUCGAGACCCUCGUCUCCCAGGCGAACCCCCCGCUGUAA